GGGCUAGCUUGUCGCCGUACCUCACUGCUGCUUGCGCGAGCCACCGCAUCUCUCCGCUAUAGCUUGCCCAUGCGCAACCGUAGCUCCCCCGUCGAUGGCCCAUGCCUUGCUGAUGCCUGCGUGAGCCACUGCGGCUCGUUGCCGGUGCUAGUCCAUGUCUGCAGGCGCCGGCACAGCUCGUCCUCGCCGCGCGGAUGCCUACACAAGCCACCGCAGCUCGCCGCAGGUUCUCCCCCACGCCCGCACGCGACAACGCAGCUCUCCGCGGGUGCUUGCCCUCCCCUGCUGGAGAAGCAUUCUAGUGGCGAGGCUGGUGCUGAAGAGAAGGUGGAUGGCUUGUGCAGGUCCUGAGCAAGUGGCUUAGUGGCAGCAACGGCCGGAGGAGGAGAUGGAUGCGUGCAGGUCCUGAAGGUGUUGAAUGCAAGCAGCAUGUGAACCUGCUCUUCCUUCUCUUGCUGCUGUUGCAUCUUGUUAUGCAAUCUAUGCUUGCUUUGCCAAAGUGGAGAUGGAAAUGAAGUUGUCACCGAUUAAGGCAUGUGAGCCGGGAAGCGGGCCAGAAGAGCAAAGCCAAAAACAGGGAAGUUGUUCAUACCGGUGCAGUGAACCGAUGAACUGAACUUUCCACAAGAGGUUCUCUACCUGUUUGGCCACUGUUCAGACAAUCUUUUUCUUUAUUAUUUCCUUUCGGAACUGUGAUUCCUGAGCACUACUUGAUCCAGAGUAUUUAUUCCGGUCAGUAGGCUUUUCUUCUGCGUGCAGAGAAGAAGGAAAUUGUCAAUGGCAGCCUCUAGCUUUAUAGAUGCAUAUAACAGUAUCAAAGUAAUCGAUUCUCUUGCGUACGUUUGAACACGAAAGGAAAUAAUUACACAUCAUGGUAGUCGCUGAAUCCGAAUCUCCAGGUAACAGUCUGAUGCAAAUCCCACCAAAUGUGCAGUUUAUCCAGCAAGAAACGAUUCCUUUAUCCUGCUUAAGUUUUACUAUUAUUUUCCAGAUGAUUCAUAUAUGAUUUUCAUUAAAGAUACAAGGUUGUUUCUCCGAGCCUGGAUAUGUUCUCCUCAUGCACUAGCAUAGCAUCCAAUGUUUGUUGCAUGUUGAUUGUGUUCAUUUUCUUUCUCUGGUGAUUCAGUAUAAAGCAAUGCCUCUUGAAGUAGCUCUUCAGAAUCUAACAUAUGACUGAGAUAAGCAUCAUGCCUUCAGGUUUCAGUUUCCAAAAUCCUUUGUUCAAGCGAAAGAACAUUUGCACAACAACCAUAUUUUCUCCAGUUUUGGGACGGCAUCAGUUCUACCCCCGAUAGUAAUGCACGCAAGUUGGAUGUACUCAUUAUUCCGUGGGCUCUGCUCUGGUGAGUUCUUCCCUAUUUCCCUCUUUGAUUAGUCACCUCCAUGUGUGCAACCUGAUCUCCCUUCAAUGUUUAUCAUGGUUUUAGUGGUAGUGUGACUGUUAUUAAGUUUAUAACUUUUGUGUUCUCUAGCAAGUGUGUGUGUGUGUGUGUGUGUGUGUGAUAUGAAAUUAAGAUCCUUACGGCGUAUGUUGUUUUAUAAACUCAGCCAUGUUUCUUAUCGUUAUAAUUAGGUGGUAAACUAAUGGCCUUAGUUAUAUGGCGCACUCCAAUCCUCCCCAAAGGAACAAAGCUUGCAGCAUCUAUUUUGGUUUAUUUAAAUCCUUGCCAAAUAUUUUUCUUCUGACGAAAUUCCUUGCAGAAUAUUAAUGACAUCAUAUACUCUAAUUCUCUGCUAGGGUGAUUCAGCGUGCUUAUUUGACAAUUCUAUCUAAUAUUUCCUCUUGAUACUAGAAAUCUAGUGGGCAGUACAGGGAUGACAUAUGCAACCAUUGGGAGUGUCUGCUUAGUGUGUCGUCCUCAACAGUUGUUCGUAACAUCUUCCACGAUUAUGGUGUUGCUUAUAAAAAAUGCUUGGUUCCAGACAAUAAGACAACCGAGAUAUGGUUUUAAACUGUGUUAUGUUGAUUGUACCUGUGCGUUGCUACAGGUAUAUGUCGUUUGUUUAGAUACUACAUUUUGUUGGAAGGUUACGAUUAGGCACUAUUAUUUUCCUAUGUUCAUUGUUUGUGUGCUUAUGUAUUGGCAUUUCGAGAAUCCCUCUCAUGGUAUGUUCAUGGAUCUGCUUUGCUUUGUCAUGCUAACUGAACCCUGAGUAAGAGUAAUGUGACAAGCACCGAUGAAAAAAAAAACUAGUAUGUUCAUGGAUCCGCUUUCACCAUUGGCUUCCUAAAAAAAUAAAAUCUAUUUUCGAAGGUCUCGCCGUGAGGAAGCCAAUGGUGAAAGUGGAUCGUCAAUCAAGUUAACGGUUUGAUGGAUAUAACUUUUUAAAAAUUCAUAUUUUGAGUAACCUUUGUUGGCUUUUAUUUAUCUUUGUUGAUAAAAACAUAAACAAAGAUGAUGGUCACAAGAUUAUACCAUCUCAAAGCUCUCUAUUCAGAGAAUAAUCGUGUUGUAAUCUUGACAUAAGACAAAUGUCUUGAUAAAACACAUAUGGAAACGAGCUCAUAAAUCUUAGAGGAUAAAAUCUAGCCACCGGGAGGAGCAAGAAAGGCAAUAGAGUGAGCGAGAAGUAAAGCAAUGAUCUUAUGAAACAUAUGGAAAAACAGAGUUUUGGAGGUCUCUUGACCACCAAACACCACCCCAAAAAUAGCACGGCAAAACGCAACCGCUACCCUCCCGAAAUCCACCCCUGCUGCCACUAUAACUUCAAAACGGAAUGGCAACCUCAACUUUACCAACUUUAGGAUAGGUCCAGCAGAACCCAUUGUGCUUGCCUUUUACCAGCACAACAUCGUCCCCUGAAAAAGCAGGCUCCGGCUCCUCCCGAAUUUCAGUUUCCGGAUUCGCCUUCAUUUCCUGCACACAGACAUGAACGGACUCAGAAAAUUGAAGAAGGGGAUCAGCAGCAAGCGAGGCGACCCCCACGUCGCCCAACACGGCCAAACUCCAUAUGAUGAAUGGGAGGAGCAACAACGAUAUUAUUCGCCUUCACCGUUGGUGAGCUCAUCACCACGGACGCCACUGGUGAGCGCUUCACCACGGACGCCGCUGGUGAGCCCUUCAUUGAGGACGCUACAGGCGAGUCCUUCACCGCGGGCACCACCGGUGAGCCCCACGGGGUCACCAAAGACCCCAGGAGGGAGCCAGAAGAAGCAAGUGCUGGGCAAGGUAAAGAGCAAGGCUAAGAAAUGGAUGCACCUUCUGCAUCACAAAAAGAAGCUUCCCCCGCACGAUGAGAUGAUGAUGUGGACACCACGUAUCGGGCCCAGCUCGGAUGACACCUACGGCAGGGGGGGACAAUACGAUGAUGAUGAGCGCCUUGGAACCCCAAACACGGCACUACACCCAUCUUCAUUUGCUGAGUCAGAGUUCGAACCUGAGGUCUACGUGCAAGCAUCAUCAAGGCAGAACACGCCAGCCCCGAGCCCCACCGCUUGCCAGGAACAACCAUUCUUCAAGGUCAGCAGCAGGUUCGAGUCAGAAAUGAAGGAAGCCAAUGAAAUGCUGAUGGAAUCGAAGAAGCUGCGGGUCAAAACAUCCAAGCAGAAGACUGUGACAUUUGCACCGAUACUAGAAUACGGGCCAGAAAUCGAAAACAAAGUGUGGAGCGACAAGGAACGCCCUGAAUCGACAACCGAGAUAUUCAGAAAGGCAUGUGCUACAGUAUUCCAGGCUGCCCUCAAGAUAGUCUCUGGAAUCCAAGAUACAAUGGUAGCAUACAAUAUCGACAAAAGGCACAUGGUAGAGAAAUUAGUAUCAGUUAAUAGGUACCUUCUGCUCAAACUGGAGCCUAGUCCAGAUGACGAAGCACUUGCGGAAGUCAUCACUGAGGCUGUCCUAAAUCUGUUAGACGCGUGGACUGAGAAUGUCGAAAGGCCUUUGAUGCAGAGGGCGAAGACAAUCUCUUCUUGGUUCCUGCAAGAAGGGAGAGUAGAAUUACCUCCUGUUUCGCUGUCUACACGUCCUCGUGCUGCACAAGGUGCAGAAGAGUUCUAUUAAUUAGAGGAUUAACCACUGCUUGAAGCAAGAGAUGAACACAGUGACACGGCAUCGGUAGAGAGUUAUUCACCUUACAGUAUAUAGAUGCUGGAGGCGAAGACCAAGAGCAUGCCCCGAAUAAUACUUUGUUCGUAGAAUUGAUAGUAAAAACAUCUUGUGUGUUGUAAAAUGAAACCAAAAGGAGGUUUCUUUACCUUUGUACAGGAGAGUAAAGUAAAGGACUACAAUCUUGAUCAA